AUGGAUUACUCUAAAGCAGGAAGUUACAAACCAGCGGGCGGAGCUCAGUGGGUGGAGGCCCAGUGGGUGGAGCUCAGUGGGUGGAGCUCAGUGGGUGGAGCUCAGUGGGUGGAGGCUCAGUGGGUGGUGACAGCAGUGGGUGGAGGCUCAACGGCGUACACUGUGCCCAUCUUGGCCUUUGCCUUCGUGUGUCACCCUGAGGUGCUGCCCAUCUACACCGAGCUCACAAAUCCGACCCAGAGGAGGAUGCAGAACAUCGGCAACGUGUCCAUCCUGGGAAUGUUCACCAUGUACUUCUUCACCGCCAUCUUUGGGUACCUGACCUACUACGGGCACACAGAGCCUGAGCUGCUGCACACCUACAGCCGGGUGGACCCUCUGGACACACUCAUCCUGUGUGUGCGGCUGGCUGUGCUGGUGGCAGUGACCCUGACUGUGCCCGUGGUGCUGUUCCCGAUCCGCCGCGCUCUGCUGCAGCUGCUCUUCCCAGAGAAACCGUUCCACUGGGUUCGUCACGUGUCCAUUGCCGCCGUGCUCCUCUUCACCGUGAACUUACUGGUCAUCUUCGUCCCCAACAUCCGCGACAUCUUUGGCAUCAUCGGAGCCACCACGGCCCCCAGCCUCAUCUUCAUCCUCCCAGGACUCUUCUACAUCCGCAUCAUCCCCACAGACCAGGAGCCACUGAGAUCCACGCCCAAGAUCCUGGCGGCCAGCUUCUGCGCUCUGGGCUUCGUCUUCAUGAUCAUGAGUCUGACGUUCAUCGGCAUUGACUGGACGAGCGGCGAGGGGCGGAGCCUGGGCGGACACUAG